AAACAUUCCUUUUGGCAUCCCCUCAUACCAUUUAAAGAAACAUUCUUAAAAGCCUUCAGCCCUGCCAAUUUGCUUGCUAAUUUCUCUAUAGGCCAGGUUGUGUCAUCUGUUUUAUGACGGUUGAAGUCACAUGCGUCAUAUGGUCAUCGUAUCGUCGACCAGUCAGGAUAAAAUGUUAUAAUUUGUUCCCGUGAUCCCAAAUUUGUGGACAGAAAACAGGUUUCAGUUUUCCAUUCUAAAUGACUGACAUUGUAUGCUGUGCGUGAGUGAUGGCAAUGCAGGCUGUUGACGUGUUUGCUCCUGGCUGGAUUUCCAACCCAGUGUCUAUCCCAAAAUCCUCAUCUACCUCAUACGCCGGGCGCCUCGUGCAACAGUUUGAGGGAAGUACGAACAACAACGCGCAAACUGCCCAACAAAGAGACCAGCAACUACUCAAGAAAACUUCACUCAAGUGUGCGCGAACCGCCGCUACAAAAGCCCAUCCGUAUUGUAAAGCAGACCUUAUCAAGGAAGAGACAGCUGUGUGUACAGCAGUCGAGUGUGGAGCAAAUAAUCGGCUCUCCAACUGGGAUGUAGUGAGUUGCCAUGACGACCAUGACGAAAUUCAUCCCAGACGGGAGAUUAUGUCGUCUUGUGAGGCAUUUCAGCCGACUUGGACGAGACAAGGGGAGCCACCAGAUUGUGACAACGGUCAAGAACCAAGGGACGAUGGCAGUAAGAUAGAGACGUCUGAGGAGAAGAAAGGACAGAAAUCCAAGGCAGUUAAAGCCUGGAAGAGGCAAUUGAAUGGCCUCAAAGAUAAAGAUGUGGACACUUCGGAGACAUUUGUGCCAACCUGGAUGAAGAAGACAGCGCCAUCAUCCCAUGAUGAGAAUGACAGAGAAAAACACGCGCCCAGGGUCUUAUGUGCCACCGGUGCAAGCAAUGUCGCCAGGACUACAGAUGCAUCCGCCUUUAACAGGAGAUCAAACAUGUUGGACACCGUUUUAUCAGACGAAGAAUCCCAGCACAGAUUGCCCAAGUCAUAUACUGAAGUGCAAGAUAUGGGAAGAUCUAAUAUAUAUACCGAGGCAAAAACACUGAAAAUUGAUGCACAAUGCAAGAAGGCGAACACGUGCGCCUUAGGCAGUUGCCCAAGCAAUGGUAUCCACAGUGGGAAAGAGAUCAGUUCCCUGGACGAGAUGACAGAACAACAGGAUGAACGUCUACAGUCGGAUUUUCAUGGUCAUUUUCGGGUUCACGUCACAGGUGAUGCACUUUCCAAAUCCUUCUCUGACUGCGCCAACAUGUCAUCUGAGAGCCAGCUGAACAGGUUAAUUCUACAAGUUCUGCUGACUGCUGCCGUUUCGGUAUUUGUGAGGGACAUCAUCGAGGAAAGCCUCAUAGAACUCGAGGAUGAAAUGCUGAUGGCUUCCGCAUUCGAGACUCUAGCUAACUUGGAUCUUUCAAACCAACCAUCUGAUGAUGGGAACUCCUUACAGAGCGACAGUUUGAGUGACGGUUGUCAGGACCAGAGUUGGUUGGGCUAUGACGUGGAGUGGUCGCCAGCCGGCUCCACUGGAUCUGUGGAGGACCUGAUAUCGAAUGAGACACCCCCUUGGGACUUGGUAGAAGCUGUCCUAGGUGAGGAGCAGCUUAUUCAUGCUUGUCUCCAGAACGAUGCUCAGGAGCACGGCUAUGCGGCGUCUGUAGCCGUCAUGGACGGCGGGAAGGAAGAUGGACUCAUGGCGGAUAUGAUAUUGCUCUGUACUCCGGAAGGGGACAGCUUUACCGUGUCUGGGGACUCUAGCCUGUCCCCAACGACAGGGCUUGACGAUGGCGUCCUCAUCAACGACAACGAUUGUGGUGACAGGGAACGUACAGAUGACAAAGACGUGGAGCUGUGAGGAGUCUUCAGUGAUGUACCUGGAAGCCUGAGACCUGAAAAUCACAAGAGGGUCACACAUAAUUAUUUAGAAUGCAAGCAGAAUUAUCAUCGGCCUAAAAUGUUUGGUUGUGUAAUUAAAUGACUUUGACGGGAUAAUUUUGCAAUGCAAUAGCUAGGCCACUUUCAAAUGUGCCGGCAAUUAAUAAGGAAGCUGAAGAAACAGCUAGACCCAUAUGAAUGUAUGAUUCCCGUCAGUUUCAUGAAAUAGACCAAUGUUGGAGGCUGUAUGCACUAAUGUUGGCCGGUUCCACAGUUGAUAGCUUUACGACUGACGAAGUAAACAACAAAAUACCAACAUGAAUGUAAUCGCUGGCAGGAACCCAGAGAGGGCGCUAUAGCUGUUUUGUAAAAUGUUCUUUUAUAGAUUCAGACUAAUACACCCAGGCAUUAAUUUUUGUGUUGCGAUUAAUUAAACCUUAAUAAUGAUCGAGCUCCGUUUGUCGUGCAUAUUCGGUUCAGUUGUGUCCCGUCUGGUACGUGUAAUGUAAUUCUGUUGAUUUUAUUAAUAUCACUGUGAUUUUUGGUUUUGAUUCAAGCUUAGUUUGGUUUUCCAGUCCAAUUUGAUUGGCAAAAAAUUGUUCAGUUUAACGCAAGGCCCAUUUAUUUUCGUUUUAAUUGCUCACAAUUUAAUAUCAGCAUUCGAACAUCAAAAAGUAUCAUUUUGUUUAGUUACAUUAGUUUUUGUUUGUUAAAUAAAUUUAGCUAAAUUAAUAAUAGUCGUGUCGUUGAUUCAAUUCGUCGGAAGCCUUGGGAAGACAUUGAUCAAAAACUUAUUUAUAUCAACAGUUUCAACGUGGUACAUUUAAAUUUCGUUUCGUUGGCACAGUGUGCUUCAUGACUGUUAUAUCAUAGCGACCCCCCCAACAAAAACAAAAUAGAAGGUAUUUGUGAAUACAUAGACUGGGAAAAGAAAAAACAAACAAACAAAAACUAAAUGCAGUUUUGUUUUGUCAUCUUUGGCAUAUCCUUCUUGACUCGUAUUGCAUAGAUUUUCCUGGAAAGAAAAAAAUAGAAUAAAUGCACAGGGAAACCAAAU